AUGUUUAAAAUUUUGUUUUUUGGUACGUUCCUCAUUUUGCUGGCCGGAUCGACACACCAAGUGAAAUCGGAAAUACCUUCCGGAAUUCCGACACAAUCUGUAUCAGUUUGCGGAGCUCUUGGUAAAAAAAUGAGAAUAGUAGGAGGGACCCACGCGUAUGCCAACAAAUUUCCUUGGAUGGCAUCUAUCAGAUUAAAAAAGGAUUACAUAUGUGGCGCCUCUCUGAUCAAUAACAAAUAUGUAUUGACUGCCGCUCACUGCGUCCUUCACUACCUAUCUCCCAAUCUUUAUCACGUUCGACUUAUUGAGCACGAUCGAUCCAAAAAUGCGUACAAAGAAUAUAAAGUGAAGAAAAUCGUGCUUCACAAAGAAUACGAUCAAGGAACCAAAGAAUUCGACGUGGCUCUGCUUCAGCUGCAUGUCAAUGACAGUGAGGUUUAUAGUAAAGGAGUACACCCGGUAUGCAUGCCAGCUAAAGGGCUCGACUUUGUUGGCUACACAGCUGUAAUCGCGGGAUGGGGACAAACCAAUGAAUAUAAUUAUAAUAAAAACGAGAAUAUCCUGCAUGAAGUUAAAAUUCCGAUCUUAAGCAACGAAGUUUGUAGAUCUUGGAUUGGCCGAGAUAGUGAAAUCACAGACAACAUGAUCUGCGCCGGACUCAAAGAGGGGAAAAAGGAUACGUGCCAAGGUGACAGCGGCGGUCCAAUGCACGUGGCCAAUGGCUCAUCAUAUCACCUUGCCGGAGUUGUAUCCUGGGGCUGGGGUUGUGCUCGUACGUUCAGUCCAGGUGUUUACGUUAGAGUCAACCGAAUUUUGAAAUGGAUAAAAGACAACACGGCCGACGCAUGCCCUUGCGACACUAUUUACAAGCCAUAUAUUCCGAAGAAAUUUAGAAAAAAAAUCAACAAAAAUGCUUAA